AGCGGCCUCCUGUGUUCCCAUGUGGAGGCGGCUGCUGACAGGGGCCAUAUGAGUGACCCGAGUAGCACCGGCGGGGUCUUUGCGGGGCCCGACAUGAACCCCUUCGCCUGGUACCCGCCGCCGCCUCCCAUGCUCAGGCCCCCCGUCUUCUGCCCGCCCCCGGGACCCGCAGCCUGGGACCCCAGCUUCUGGGCGCCGCCGCCUGGGGAUUAUUUGCCGCCUGGCGCCUGGUACCAGCCAUCGCCGGUGUACGGGGAGCCGCCGCCGACAGCCCCGUACCCAGGUGGAGAUUGCUAUUUUACUGAAGAAUGGCAAGCUGAAGAAACACCUUCAUUUUUUAAAUAUUCGCCAGGUAGAAACUACAAGCAAAAGAACAAGAGGAAAAAAGAACCGGUUUUCUCUAAUUAUUGUGAUACUUGUGAUCGUGGCUAUAAAAACAAAGAAAAAUAUGACGAACAUGUUGCACAGCACGCACAGUGUGCAGAAGAUGGUUGCAGUUUCAGUGCACAUGAGAAGUUGGUUCAGAUUCACUGGAAGAAUAUGCAUGGUCCUGGUGCUAAAAGAAUACAGCUAGAUACUCCAGAGGAGAUUGCUAAAUGGAGAGAGGAAAGAAAAAAAAACUUUCCUACGUUGGCAAACAUUGAAAAGAAGAAAGCAUUACAGGCAGAAAAAGAGAAGAGAGGAGAAGUGUUGACAACUCCACAGUUUGGCAAAAUGAUAGGAAUGUGGAAAGCUCCACAAGAUGAAGAGACUUCUGGGCAACAUGGAAGGCAGAAGAAGAAGCGUCCAUUCUGGAAGAAGUUUAAGAAAAAUGAUGGAAGUAGUGCAUCUUCGCUGAAAGCUCAAACUGCAGCCAGUGGACCAGUUGCAGAUGCACAGACCUGUAUGAAGGAUGUCGACCCACUUGGCAUUCUGGCAGAUAGCGACGCUGAGUCGGACAAAGAUGGAGCAACUGUGGAGGAUGGGCAGUCGGGGGUGACUGUCAUUCCAAAGCAGGUAACCUCUGCCCUGAGUUUACUGGUGGCCAACUAUGGCAGCGCAUCAGAUACCGAGAGCGAGCCAGAGGAAAUUCCUGCCAAAGUUGUAACAACAGCUCUCAAGGAAAAUCAGACUGUCCUCCGAGAUAUCCCUCCGGCUUCAAAUAUCCCUCAAAGGCCAAAUAGCGUAAACCGCAAGGAACCUGCAGAAUUUACAAGUGCAACAUUAGUGAACUCAAAUACGAACACAGGGAAUUGUAGAGGCUCUAACAGAUGGAGGAAGAAGUCGCUCCCUGUACUGCCCAAACGUCGCCCAACGCUGUUGGAAAUGUUAUUAGCCCAGGACAUACGGCAUGAAAGGAAUGUGAUUCUGCAGUGUGUUCGAUACAUCAUCCGAAAUGACAUGUUUGGACUUCACUUAAAAACAGAGCCAGCAGCUGAAACUGAGAGUGGAUCAGCUUCUAGAGCUGCAGCGGAGUUUUUGACAGACAGACUUGAUGGAUCUAAUGUUUCUUGUAGCUCUGACCUUCAAUUAGCGGAAGAAGAACAGGAUGCAUUAUUUAUAGAUCCAAGUGAAAAAGCAGCCGUAGGUCAGGCAUCACAGGUGAUUCACUAUGUAGAUGAGGAGACAUGGGAAACACCAGCAAAUCAAUGUGAAGACAUUUGAUGUUUGCUAUGGUAUGUCUGUGUCAUGAAAGGUGAACCAAAGGCUCAGCUUUUGUACUUCACUCAAAUAUUUUUUGAAAGACAGUAGAAUAG